CUCAUCGGAGUGACUAAUGCGAUCGUCCGUUUUUUGGAUUUUCAAGGUUUUCCGACGUACAAUUAUGGGUUAAACUAAGGGAUAAAAUGUGGAUUCGGCUAUGAUCGGCGACAAUGUUUCAAGACCUGGUCCGUCUCUUGCUUGUGGUUGUUUUCAUGAUUAUUGUUCAACAAGGAAGCACACGAGAUGUCAAACAAAAACAUGGCCAGUUUUUGAACGCAACGAAAACUCAAAACAUUUCUACAAAUGGAUCUGCACAUCAUAAUAACAAGUUCAAAACGAACGCAACCAUUUCUGGUAAACGUCUCGGUAAAACGAGGAAAAAUCGAGGUAUUUCAUUAGCUACGCUUGCGGGACUCAACCGAGCAGCUCUUGGUAUCAACCCUCUCACGGUGCCAUAUGGAACAAGGCUGGCUUCUUUGGGUUAUCAGCAAACCCCUGCUUUGCAGCAGCUAGUCCCAACCACUGGUGGAUUGAUCCAAAGCCCAGCUGCUGUUAGACUUCCAUACGGAAUUCAACUCGCCAGGCUGUUGCCUGCUUUGAAUCUUUAUCGAAAUAGAUUACAACUGCCAACUAGUACAGGAGGUAUGGCUGCCGACGUGCACGUUUACAAAAAUCCUAAUAGAUUGAAAUACGAUUCGAUUCCUCUUAAACCUUCCAUCGAGCAACAGGAGUUAAUGGGAAACGGACUGAGUUUACCUGCCCUGCUUCAGCUAAGCUCCGCUGGGGUUCAGGGUCUUUCUGACUUGUCAGAUGAAAGUGAAGCUGACUUGGACGAGCUUGGAGGUGUUUGUUUGACGAAACCCUGUCACAAUGGCGGAUCAUGUGUUAACAUUGGUGAAACAUUUGAAUGUAUUUGCAGAAAAGGUUUUACUGGAAAAAGGUGUAAAGAGCGGAAUCCAUGUUUGCCUAAUCCUUGCCAAAAUGAGGGACAGUGUGCAGUUUCAGGCUCAAGCUUCGACUGUUCUUGUUCCAUUGGCUGGAAAGGGGAAAGAUGUGAAGAGCCCAACAAAUGCCAUCCUAAUCCGUGCAUGAACGGAGGGUCUUGCACAGCGUUACAGUUUGAUUAUGAAUGCACCUGUCCACAUGGAUUUCGUGGGAAAAACUGUGAAGAGAAACGGUCCGGUUGUUCUGAAAACCCUUGUCAUAACGAUGGACACUGCAUCGAAACAUCAUCAGGAAACUUUGAGUGUGUUUGUAGGUCGGGCUUUUCGGGAGUGACAUGCGCAGUGACUCAGAACAAGUGUUUACAAAACCCAUGCGAAAACGGAGGGACUUGCAUUGAUUCUCUGAGUGGGGUGGGAUAUGAGUGUCGUUGUCCAAACGGAUACAAAGGAGUCAACUGCGCAGAAAGAAGUCCAUGCCAACCGGGCACUUGUGAAAACGGUGGAACUUGUUUCGAAACAGAGAGUGGCUUUAGAUGUCUGUGUCGUGCGGGUUAUAGUGGAAAAACGUGUUCAGUGCGGCAUAGCUGUCAACCAGACGUUUGUAAGAAUGGCGCCAAGUGUAUUGAGCAUGACAGUGGCUUUCGAUGUAUUUGUCCUUCCGGAUACAAAGGCUCUUAUUGCGAUGAAAUAGACCACUGUCGCCCCAAUCCUUGCCAACAUGGCGGAGACUGCAUAGAAACAGAAAACGGUUUUAAGUGUCACUGCCAAGCACAGUAUCAGGGAUUACGGUGCGAAGGUAAGCUGGCGAAAAACUAA